AUGCAAGCCAUCCGCAUAAACCCAGCACCAGAAGGAGAAACUCCUUACUCCCCAACAAAUCCAGCCCCAUCAACCGCCCUAGCAAACGCCAAAAUCCCAAUCCCAAAGCCAACAUCACCAACCGACCUCCUGAUAAAAAUCAAAGCAAGCACCAUAAUCAGAGACAUGCUCACCUGGCCCGAAUAUUACCACCAAGAAUACACAAUCCCAGGCCACGAUUUCUCCGGCACAGUGGCCGCCAUUUUCGAAGGCGACAGUGACACGCCGCACAACUUCAAAAUCGGAGACGAAGUCUUCGGAAUGGCAAAUGCCACUCGGGCCUCGACAUGGGCUGAGUAUGCCAUUGUUUCUGUUGACGAGGUUGCGCUCAAACCGCGCACGCUGGGGUGGGAAGAGGCGGCUGCUUUGCCGCUCAGUGCGCAGACAGCUUAUGAGGCACUCUUUGGACAUGCGGGGAUUGCUUCGCUAGUUUCUGGAUCUGGAGGUGAACCUGGAAAGAGGGAGAAUGCGUCUUGUAGGCGCGUGUUGAUUACCGGUGCUUCCGGUGGGGUGGGCGUUUACUUGGUGCAGUUGGCUGCUAGUGCUGGUGUGCAUGUCGUUGCGGCUAGUAGUUCUAAUGCUCGCAAUGGAGAAUUCUUGCGGGAACUGGGAGUUGAUGAGGUGAUUGAAUAUGCGGAUCUUGAGGGGGAGAAUGGUGUGUUUGAUGUGAUCAUUGAUUGUGUGGGUGGGGAUGUGCUUUUCAAGUGUUGGGGAUCUGUAAAGGAGGAUGGAGUGUUGAUCUCUGUGGAUUCUGCGAGCUUUGAUUUUGUUGCUGAGCAUCAGAAGCUUGGACUGCGUGAUGGAAAAGAGAAGGUCAAAGCAUCGUUCUUUAUUGUUCAGGGGAGUGGGGAGGUUUUGAAUGCUUUGGCUUCUUUGGUUGACUCGGGUGCUUUGCGUUCUUUUGUUGCUGCUACUUUCCCCAUUGAUUCGGUCCAGGAGGCUUAUGAUUUUGCUAAUGGGAGGUUUGAUGGUCGGGGCAAAGUGGUUCUUACUAUCUGA